AACUGAAACACACAUAAGCUAACUCCUCCUCCUCUGCAGUCUUGCUGAAAACUCAAGAUGCUGUGGAGAAAAAGGGGUGUGUGAAAAGCAAAAAAACUCAGUGUGUGAGGAGAGUGUGUGUGUGUCACAAGUUAAAUGAGUGGAAAGAGAGAAGGGACGUCUUAUCUGAAGAGAACACUCAAGGGAAAGAGGCUCAAUACCGACUUAAGAAAGAGCGCCAGAGUUUCAGCAAAAGCUAUACCUGGAAAGAAUAUAUAUAUAUAUAUUAUUAAAGGUGUAAUAAAAGUAAUAAUGUCCACUGGUUCACUGAGUGAUGCCGAUGAUGCACCAGAAACAUCAUUCGCGCGCCUUGAUUCUCACUCUGAAGAUGACUUUAAUGACGAUGAAGGACUCAACACCAAACCCAAACGAGCUAACAUGCAAAAGAGAGCAAAAAGCCCAAAAGAUGGAAGGCAGUCACAGCGCCAUGCAGCAAAUGCACGUGAAAGAGCCAGGAUGAGAGUCCUAGCAAAAGCGUUCUCACGUCUGAAGACAAGUUUACCGUGGGUUCCAGCAGACACCAAACUGUCCAAACUGGACACACUGAGACUCGCCUCGAGCUACAUCAAUCAUCUCAGACAGCUGCUGCAUGAGGACAAAUAUGAAAAGACCCUCGUCCAUCCGGUAAAUUUGUCAUGGCCUUUCAUGGUUUCAGGAAGACCAGAUGACACAAAAGACAUUUCAUCCUUCAGACUGUGUGGAGCUACAGCCUAGACAUUCCUCACUCUCUGUCUGUUUUUUUUUUCUUCUCAAUUUCAAUUACAUUGCCUUUUUAUUGAAAUGACAUAUACACCAGAUGUGUACUGCCAAAGACUAGGUAUUUCUCUUUCUUGUUCCUCUUUCUUUACAGUAUCUUUCUCUAUAUCUGCCACAUGUUUGGUGUCUGAACUUUAUGUCUUCACUAGUUCACUGGAGUUAUGAGGCAGAGUUGUUCAGUAUCUCCAUCAAACUUAUGAUCUUAUGAUGGAGAGUGAUGCUGUAUGCCAUACUGUUAUCUAUAUAAAGGGACAAAAGGACACUGCAGAGCUAAAAACAGCUGAAGCUGAAUCACUGCAUGUACGAAUCAGACUCAGGCGAGAGGCGUGGCCUAAAGUUCAAAUACUGAAUUGUAUGUCGAAAAUAAUUGGGAUAUAAAAUGGUUUAAAUAUAGUUUUAUUUUUUUUAAAUAAUGGCAUGUUCUGCUGUUUUUUUUAAACAUAUUUAUGUACAAAAGAUGUGAGUGUUUUUACAUUACUUCCUACUUCCUAAUAACGAUAUCUUCUCCAUGUCUUUUAAAUUUCUUCAUCCCUGUGUUGUUUUCAUUCUUACUCUUGUCUUCAAAUCCUUCCAAUCUAGAGUGUUGAAACUGCCUAUGAGCUAAGAUUUCUUUCUUUCUUUUUUUUACAGACUCUAUGUAUGUUAGUGUUUUUUUUUAAAUAUCUCAUAAGCACAAAGUGUGUGUGAAGUACACUAUAUAGAUAUCUAAAUUUAGAGUUGCAUUUAGAGUGUGUUUUAUGGUUGAUCAGUAUAAAUUCAUCACUACACAUUGGAUGCUUUAUAUUUUGUUUUGUCAACACUGUUUAUAUGUCACUGUGUGAAAUUAAAUAUCUAGUCUUUUUUAUUUUUGCGAAAUGCUUGCAUUGAUGUCAUUUAAUAUGCAUGAUUUUUCACUGUUUAUUUAUAUUUUCAAAAGGUUUGAUAUGUUGGAAAUGAUGUUGUUAAUCACUUUGGACUCUAUUUUUCUAAUAAAGCAAAUGACAACCAUUAACUGUACUCUAAUUAUUUUAUUCAUUGUGUAAACAUGUGCCACAUGAUGUAUGAUCAGUAAUGAUCAAUGAGUAUCUUUAAAACCUACAACCAAAAACAUAAUUUUAUUUAGGCCACGUUUAUGACUAUUCCCAACAAUAUUACAUCUUUUAAAUUCUUUUAAAAACUUUCAUCAGUUUAUCACUCAAGAGAAUGACUGAAAAUUUAAAGCUCUUAAAAUGCUGAUGAAGUGGCUUGA